GUAAAGGCGCGGCUGUACAGGGACCUGGAUCAUCUUUCUGGAUCAUCAGUAUGUGAGGAACGGUGGAGUGAUAGAGGUGUGGAUGUUGGAGGAACGGAUCUCUGAUGCUGGUACAGUGCGGAAGGAGAGCAACUCCACCCGGCUGCUCCAUCCGUGUGUGCGCGGAGCUCCACUCUUUCUGCUCUUAUGAACAGCCUGUACCGAGAUGCUGUGGGCGGACUUUAAACUCCUGGAGGCCGUGAGAUGUCGGCGGAGGACAUGGAGAGGAUCACGUGGUACUCGGGGGUCCCGGCCGAAGCUCUCCUGCUCCUUCUGGUUUGUGCUGCUCUUCGGGGCCGGAGGCGUGGUGCUCUUCAUCCAUCUGCAGGAUCUAUCAGAUAUGGUGCAGCAGCAAGGACCAGGGUUUAAGUUCAGUGGAAUGACACGGCAAACAAGAGAGGAACUCUGUGCCCAGCAGGACGGCGAGAUCGCAGGCAGCGCUGCAGCCGCUCAGUCCGACAGACGGCGUAAAACUGACAAGAACUCUGAGAACUCCAUCUUACCCAUGCAGUUCCCUUCCUUCGAGUGGAACAAACCAAAUCCAGCUUCAGCCAGGGUCACCAAACGGCACCGAAAACUCCUCAAGACCAACGUGGCGAUCCGGCCGCUCUCUAACGCAUCCUCAUCACCCGUAUCAUCAUCAUCAGACUCGACACCGCCGAGCUGGGUACACCUGUCCAACAUCCAGGAGGCCCGGCGUCGCCUGAUCAGAGACGUUUGCACCAAAUACCGGAGCAACAUCUCCAGGACGAUCACGCCGCACCACGUGUCUCGUAUCUACGUGGAGGACCGGCACAGACUUUUGUACUGCGAGGUCCCUAAAGCCGGCUGCUCCAACUGGAAGCGGGUGCUGAUGGUGCUCGCCGGCGUCUCGCCCUCCACGCAGGAGAUCAACCACGACGCCGUGCACUACAACAACCACCUGAAGAGGCUGGACAGCUUCGACCGGCGCGGCAUCGCCGAGCGACUGCGCUCCUACACCAAGGUGCUGUUCGUCCGUGAGCCCAUGGAGCGGCUGGUCUCGGCCUUCCGGGACAAGUUCGAGAGCCCCAACUCGUACUACCAUCCGGUGUUCGGCAAGCCCAUCAUCUCCAAGUACAGGGUAAACGCGAGCAAAUCGGCGCUCAGGACAGGAAGUGGCGUGACCUUUCAGGAGUUCAUCCGCUACCUGCUGGAUGUCCAUCGUCCCGUCGGGAUGGACAUCCACUGGGAGUCGGUGAAUCAGCUGUGCAGCCCUUGCCUGCUGGACUACGACUUCAUUGGGAAGUUCGAGACCUUGGAGGAGGAAGCCGACUUCCUGCUGCGCAAAAUGGGCGCCCCGAAGAACCUCACGUUCCCCACGUUCAAGGACAGGAACCCAGAGGCCGCCAGGACUUCCUCCAAAAUCACGCGGCACUACUUCGCCCAGCUUAACGCCCUGGACAGGCAGAGGGCGUACGACUUUUACUACAUGGAUUAUCUCAUGUUUAAUUACUCCAAACCCUUCGAGGACCUGUACUGACUGGUGUGAUGGUAUACGCUCUUAAAAACUGGUUAUGUACCUAUAACACGUGCUAAACUGCUAAUUAACUGCAUUAACCCUUCAUAUCACUCUGAAAUGUAAGUGUUGGGAUGGUAAACAGAUCAGGAUC